AUGGUGAAAUGCGGCUCAAAGAUUUCCAGGGAUCCCGCUAUUCUCUCUGAUCAGGACAGUCAUGUUGAAGACGGUGAUGAGAUUCCUGAGCGUGGAAACUGGAGCAACAAGGCAGAGAACUUGCUCACUAUGGUUGGCUACGCUGUUGGCCUGGGAAAUAUCUGGAGAUUUCCAUAUCUAGCCUACAGGAAUGGAGGGGGUGCCUUUCUCAUUCCCUAUUUCCUGAUGUUGGUUUUGUGUGGAAUUCCCCUUUUCUUCCUGGAAAAUGCCAUUGGUCAGUUUUGCAGCCAAAGCCCACUCAAUGUGUGGAGAGCUGUGCCACUACUGCAGGGUGUUGGCUUCUCCAUGGUUAUAAUGAAUUUAUUCAUAGCAAUUUACUAUAACGUCAUCGUCGCCUACAGCUUGUUCUACAUGUUCGCCUCCUUCCAGUCUCCUCUGCCGUGGUCCAGCUGCUUCAGUUGGGCUGACAGUAACUGCAGCAACACUCCUACAGUGUACUGCAAUGUAAGUGGCGCUGUAGUGUCUAACGGCACUUGUCCUUCAUCCAACAUCAUCACAGUUCCAAUGCAGAGCCCGAGUGAGCAGUACUGGGAUCGCGUGGCCCUGCAGAGGUCCAGUGGUCUGGAUGAAACAGGACCAGUAGUUUGGCACUUGGCCCUCUGUCUGCUGCUGAGCACCAUGUUAACUGCUGCAGCGCUCAUCAGAGGCAUCAAGUCAUCAGGCAAAGUUGUGUAUUUCACAGCUACGUUUCCCUAUGUAAUCAUUCUAAUCCUGCUGAUCAGAGGUGUGACACUAGAGGGAGCUAGAGAUGGGAUAGAGUUCUUUAUUGGAUCCCAAUCCAAUAUGAUGAAACUGAUGGAGGCACAGGUCUGGAAGGAUGCAGCCACGCAGACUAUUUUCUCAUUAGCCAUUUCUUCGGGUGGCAUUUUGACUCUUUCUUCUUACAACAACUUUCACAACAACAUGUUCUUGGACGCAGCUCUGGUGUCCAUCAUUAAUCAUGUUACAAGUGUGUUUGCAGGCAUUGCCAUCUUUUCAGUUCUGGGUCAUAUGGCUUUCCUUAAUAGAAAACCUAUUGGAGAAGUGGUGAAGGAAGGAUUCGGCCUUGCAUUCAUUGCAUAUCCAGAGGCUUUAUCUAAGCUUCCUGUCUCCACUCUUUGGUCUAUCCUGUUUUUUUUUAUGAUUUUCAUAGUUGGCCUAGACUCACAGUUUACAAUAUUAGAGGUGAUCACCACCUGCCUGAGUGAUGCCAACCCUGAAACCUUAAGAUCCAAACGUUCUUUAUUGACGAUAAUGGCAUGUGGCGUCAUCUACCUCCUGGGUCUGCCAUGUGUCACAAGGGCAGGAAUAUACUGGGUAACUCUACUCGACACGUUUACUGUGAGCACAGUUCUGCUUGUUGUGUCCAUCACCGAGGUCGCUGGCUUCAUCUACAUAUAUGGAGGGAACCGCCUCAUCAAAGACAUUGAGAUGAUGCUCGGAAAAAAGAGCUUUUGCUUCUGGCUGUGGUGGAGAGCGUGCUGGUUCGUCAUCAGCCCCUGCAUCAUUGUGGUGAUCCUGAUCUGGUCUUGUGUAUCCUUUGAGUCCCCCACCUAUGGAAAGGUCCAAUACCCAGACUGGGGCGUGGCUCUGGGCUGGUGCAUGAGUGUGUUCAUCCUCAUCUGGGUCCCUGUCGUCGCAGUGUAUAAGCUGUUGAGGGCAGAAGGAAGUCCCUGGAUGCGUCUGAAGUUGCUGUGUUCUCCGUCUGAGGAAUGGCGUCCCUACCUCGACAUCCACCGAGGAGAACGCUACUCAGAACACUGCUGUCAUCGAAGAAGAGCAGGGUCAACAAAUGAUAUCAAAUGUGAAUCUAAGUUCUAGUUCAUGGCACCCAUAUUUAUACUGAUGUAGACUGAAUUGUUAGAUGUGACCGUUCCUGAAUGUUGAUCAAGUUUGUUGUCAUUGUUUCAAGUUUUUUUGUCUCAGCACAACAGCACACCUCAGUGGUGUUGAAUUCACCAAAUGUCUACAGUAGUUUACAGCUUUUUUUUAACAAACUGUUGUAGUAACUGCUGAUCGUUGUAAGCUUUUAAAUUAUUCUGCUGAUAUUAUGAAAUCCUACCUUGUGUGUGUCAAGGCUCAUCUAGAUAUUAUUCUCUCAAGAGCUCCACCUAGUGGUCAUCAAGCAUAACAAAGUAGAUUCUAGAGAUGACACCUUGUGUUCUUUUCAUCACAGAUUGUGUUCUUGAAAUUAUGGUAUUUAAACAGUUCCUUGUCCUUUUAAAAUUGUAUUGCUUCUACUAUUUAUGUCUGACCGUUCUCAGACCGCUCUCAGAGCAUUAUAAUUGUGAUAUAUAUGAUGUAUUUUAAAGUCCCAUUGCCCUCUACAAAUGUGUCAAAAUAUACACUGUACAGUAUGUGAAAGAAGCUUGCAGUGUAUUUAUAUUACUUGCAGGAGUUAUGUUGAAGUAUUAGAGGGAGAACUUGGUAAUUGACAAACAGAUUUUGAGCUUUUAGUAUUUUUUUCUUUUGUUUUAUUUUAUCUCAUUCCUAUUUUAAUUGAUCUUAUUCUUAUUACUAUCAUUUGAGGGCAAUAAAGUAUAGGGACUUGAUAUUGGGAUGGUAUUAAUGUUGACAGAUUAUAGAAAAUCCUAAAAAAAAAAAAAAAUUGAAUCAAAAGUGGUGUUGACAAUGUGUGCAUGUGUGUGCAUCUCUAUGUGCUGUAAGUAUAUUGCCGAUCAUUGGCCAUCACUGUCACUCAUGUCUUUACUUGUUAAAUACACAUACUGCUUUCUUGCUUUAAUGAAAGAGAUGUUCUCCUCACUCAGAGAACAAUGGUUACAAUGACACCUGCAGUUUUAUGACAUUACUGACUAUGAAUAAAACCAUA